AUGGACCUGGGGCUGCCCAGCCUCCCUGCCAUGCCCGGUCCGGAGUACCGAGGUCCGACGCCAUGGAGCAACUGGGUGAUCCGGCCCCGCCUGAUCGCAGGUGCAUACCCCGCCGGACAGGACGAUGGGGAGACGGACCGGAUCCUCACCACUCUCCUAGAGCUGGGGGUGACCACAUUCGUGUGCCUCCAGGCCGAGUUCUCCCUCCAUACAUCCGAGAACCUAUGGCGCACUGGCCAGGAAAAGCUGGACUUCCUCCACCUUCCCAUUCUGGACGGCAAUGUCACGACCGACACGGCCAUGAGUCGCCUUGUGGAUGAUUGCUGCCUGCGCCUGCUGCGAGGGGAGCGACUGUACGUCCACUGCUGGGGGGGCCACGGCCGCACAGGCACCGUCAUUGCCACAAUGCUGGGCCGGCUCUACCACCUGCCUGUGGCGACCGCCCUGCGUUACACACAGGCAUUCCACGACACUCGGCGAUAUCCGCAGGGAGUCCGGUCCCCCCAAACCCCAGUGCAAAUUGCUCAGCGCUUCCAGUACCUGGCAGCAAUUCCAUGGAGCCUAGACCCCGGGCAGAUCGUAGAGACUCACAUCCUUUGUCCCCCACCGCUGCGUCCAAGGCUGCGCAGCCGCUCCCUGCUCUGCGCGACCUGGCAUCGCCUGGUGCCUUGA